AUGCAUUUUUUUCCAUUUGAUAGAAUUCCAGGUAAACUCACUACCUACACUAUCAUUAAAUGUUUAGACAAUGGAAGUUAAGGAUAUGUCUAUUAAGUAAAAGGUGACGAUAAUAAAUUUUAUGCUUUGAAGAGAGUUCUAUAAAUGAAGAUUAGCGAAAAGAAUUUCUUAGAAAAGUAUUUCUAGAAUUAACAGGGUUUUACAUCCUUACUAGUCCAUUAUGAACAUUUUAAUUACAAAAAUAGCUAAAUAAUUAUCCAAGAAUAUUGUACUGGUGGCAAUCUAUAUUAAUUAUUAUCAAAACAAAAUUUAUAGUCCUAAGAAAUAUAAAAAAUUUUAUCCGAUGUAUAAUUUAAUAUUGACUUUAAAGAUCUGCAGAUAACUUUAGGUGUUAAGAGAUCAACACUUUUUUCAUAGAGAUUUGAAGCCAGAAAAUAUUUUAAUUUAAAAGGAUUCCAUAUCAGGUAGAAAUCAUUAUAAAAUAUGUGAUUUUGGAGAAAUUAAAGAAAUCUAAAUUAUUGAUUCUGCAAAUUAAUAAUAAAAAUUUUUCAAUUAAACUAUAAAUGUUGGAACACCAUAUUAUUAAGCCCCAGAAGUAAUAUAAACAUAAUCUUAUGAUUCUUCAGCUGAUAUUUGGUCUUUAGGAGCCUUAAUUUAUGAGCUUUAUACUUGUUAACCUUUAUUUAAUGGAAACACCUUAGAAGAUAUAUAAUAAUAAAUAGUAUCCGUUAAAUAAGAUGAAAGCCUCAUCUAUUCAAAGAUAGAUUAAAUUCAAUGUGAAAACAAAUUUAAGGAAUUGUUAAAAUAAAUGCUAAGCUACAAUGCAAGUAAAAGACCUUCAAUAUAAGAAAUAUAAAAUAUAUAUAAGAUAGAAUAAGCAAUAGAUUUUUAAAAAAUUAUGGAGUAGUCAAAAUUUAAAAUCUAAUCAGAAAAAUAAUUUAUUUAAUAACAAAAUUUAAACAAAGAAUAAGAUGAAUCUUAAAAAAUUAUUUAGAAUAAUUUUCCAUCUGAUUUUUCAUUCUAGGAUAUUGCAGAAGUCAAGCAAAAUUAGAAUUCCCAACAAAAAAACAUAUAAAAUACCUAGUUAAAUUUGUAGUUUAUUCGUGUAGAAUAAAGUUAAGGAAAUUAAUUAUUAUUUAAUAAUAGCUAAAUUGCAGAUAUCAAAUAGAAACCUUAAGACUGCUAAAAAAUUUAACAAAUUUAAGGUAUCAACUAAAAUUAAACACCAUAACAAAUUCAUCCAAACUUUCCUCAAAUGAAUUAAUAAUUCAUAGCAAAUAAUUAUCUUGCAGAAAAGAAUACUGGUAUUUAAAAAAAUGAUAAUGAAAUUAAGAUGUAGCAAAACAACUUCAAUCAAUUAUAAUAAAAUAAAUAAGAAAUACUUAAAUAAGGUAACACUUAUUUUUUAAUUAAGGUUAAUUCCAACAUAAUUUUAAUUAAAUUAAUUAGAGGCCCAAUUAAAAUGCGUUUUAAUUGCCAUAAAAUUUUAUCUUCCCUUAAUUUGAUUAGGCAGCUGCUAACUCUUAAUAAAAUUAAAAUUUACCUAAACAGGGACAAAAAUUUAUGUGGAGUAAUUACUAAUAAGAUAUUUAAAAUAAAUAAUUUAAUAAGGGUCAAUAAUAUUAUCAAUUUAAUUAAGCAGCUGCUUUAAAUUGGUAGGGUUAGAAUUUAGAUAUGAAAAUUGAAAAUAAAGGAUAUGUAAAUGUGUAAUAAUAACAGUAAUAAUAAUAAAAUUAAUAACAAAAUUAAUAAUACAUUUAAUAACAAUAUUAGUUUCAACAAUAUUAAUUGUUUUAAUACCAAUAAUAAUAAUAAUAAUAAUAAUAAUAAUAAUAAUAAUAAUAAUAAUAAUAAUAAUAAUAAUAAUAAUAAUAAUAAUAAUAAUAAUAAUAAUAAUAAUAAUAAUAAUAACAAUAAUAAUAAUAGUAAUAAUAAUAAUAAUAGCAACAAUAAUAAUAAUAGCAAUAAUAAUAAUAAUAGCAAUAAUAAUAAUAAUAGCAAUAAUAAUAAUAAUAGCAAUAAUAAUAAUAAUAGCAAUAAUAAUAAUAAUAGCAAUAAUAAUAAUAAUAGCAAUAAUAAUAAUAAUAGCAAUAAUAAUAAUAAUAGCAAUAAUAAUAAUAAUAGCAAUAAUAAUAAUAAUAGCAAUAAUAAUAAUAAUAGCAAUAAUAAUAAUAAUAGCAAUAAUAAUAAUAAUAGCAAUAAUAAUAAUAAUAGCAAUAAUAAUAAUAAUAGCAAUAAUAAUAAUAAUAGCAAUAAUAAUAAUAAUAGCAAUAAUAAUAAUAAUAGCAAUAAUAAUAAUAAUAGCAAUAAUAAUAAUAAUAGCAAUAAUAAUAAUAAUAGCAAUAAUAAUAAUAAUAGCAAUAAUAAUAAUAAUAGCAAUAAUAAUAAUAAUAGCAAUAAUAAUAAUAAUAGCAAUAAUAAUAAUAAUAGCAAUAAUAAUAAUAAUAGCAAUAAUAAUAAUAAUAGCAAUAAUAAUAAUAAUAGCAAUAAUAAUAAUAAUAGCAAUAAUAAUAAUAAUAGCAAUAAUAAUAAUAAUAGCAAUAAUAAUAAUAAUAGCAAUAAUAAUAAUAAUAGCAAUAAUAAUAAUAAUAGCAAUAAUAAUAAUAAUAGCAAUAAUAAUAAUAAUAGCAAUAAUAUUAAUAGCAAUAAUAAUAAUAAUAGCAAUAAUAAUAAUAAUAAUAAUAAUAAUAAUAAUAAUAAUAAUAAUAAUAAAUACAUGAUUAAAAUUAAUCUAUAUAAUUGAAAAAUAUAAAACCAAUUUUAAAGUAAAAUCAGUAAAUUUUUGAAUCAAUUAUAGAAAUGCCUGCAGAAAUAGAAUAAUCUAUAGAAAUAAAAUCAAAUAAAGUAAAAAUUUAAAUAUUAAAUUAGAUAAAUUAAAUAAAUUAGAGAAUCAAAUAAACAUUUAAUAUUCCUGCAGAGAUUAUCGAAAUCUAGAAUGAAGAAGAUUUAAAGAAACCAGAAUAUGCACAGAGAAUUAGAGAUUAUUUAAUUAAAUAAUAUCAGUAGAUUAAAUAAAUGAAAGAUCCUAAUCAAUACGAAGUUAAACUUCCAAAUUAAAAAUUGAACACUGAGUACUAUAAUUAUUGAU